AUGAUGAAAGUCGAAGACGGAUAUGAGUUCACGACGUUCAGAGGAACAGACGCCGGAGUGGUAGCGUCUAAAACCAGACGAGCCGCCUUAACCAGAAACCAGGUGUUGGUCUCUAUAACGCACUCCGGGGUGUGUGGAACAGACCAGAAUUAUCGGCGGGCUGGCUGCGUGCUUGGUCACGAAGGUAUCGGCGUCGUCAAGGCCCUGGGGCCGGAUGUCAGAGCUUUAAAGAUCGGACAGCGUGUCGGUUGGGGCUAUGUUCAUGGGAUAUACGGCGUGACAAAUCUUGACCAAGGGUCAAUGGCGUAUGCAGCUAUAUGGCCCGAAUCCGCUCUAUAUGCAAUACCCGACAAGCUCGCAUCAGUCGAUGCUGCACCUAUGAUGUGCGCAGGAGCAAGCAUCUUUGCCAUCUAUGAUCAAUGUGGAAUAAAACCCAACGACCGGGUUGGAAUUAUAGGGCUGGGGGGCCUGGGCCAUAUGGCAGUGAUAUUCGGGGCGAAAUUGGGUGUAGAAACAGUUGUUUUUACGCAUAGUGUCACGAAGCAGAUUGACGCCAUUGUCAUGGGUGCGACGGAAUUCAUACCGCUCGAGGAUCUGCCGACUAUAAUAUCUGCCCGGCAGAAGCGGCAGAAGAAAGAACGAGAGCAACACGCUAACGAUGGGCUUGAUGACGAGAACAAGCAUGGCGUGGAUAAUGAUGACAACGGAGAUAUUAGGUCGCUCGACCAUCUAAUAGUCACAACGACAGAAAACAUCGUUUGGUCUACAUUCUUUGAACUGAUGGCCCCACGUGGUUCGGUGCACCUGUUGACCGUGGGAUUGAACGAGAAUCUCGUUGUUCCUUCAACCACCUUGAUUGACUCCGGUUUACGAGUAUUUGGUAGCCUAGUUGCUCCCAGGAGCGUCAUGCUGCGGAUGCUGGAUUUUGCCGCGAGACACCGGGUGAAGCCAAUUGUGCAAAAGUUCCCCCUCACAGCAGAAGGAAUCAAUACUGCAAUGAGGAAACUAGAUGAGGGGACCGUUCGGUACCGAGGGGUGUUGGAAACUCCGAAGGACAGUUUAUACGAGGUUUCAUCAUAG